UAUUUUAUGUCUGUUUUAGGAUUUGAAUUGAUGGGGAAUCCAUCAGGAUAUUUUCUAAAUUUUGAAGAUAAAGAGCAAGUAGUAAGAUGGAGAAACUUAGUAACACUUCUGGCCAGCAGAUAUAUAGAUAGAUAUGGAUUGGAGCAUGUUGCUAAAUGGAAUUUUGAAACUUGGAAUGAACCAGAUCACCAUGAUUUCGACAACGUGUCUAUGACGGUGAAAGGGUUUCUCAACUAUUACGAUGCUUGCUCAGAAGGAUUAAGAGCAGCUAGUAGUCUACUAAAAUUUGGAGGACCUGGGGACUCUUUCCACCCCUUUCCCAAGUCACCCAUAUGCUGGAGUCUUCUGUGUCAUUGCUACAAUGGAACCAACUUUUUCACAGGAGAGACUGGUGUAAGAUUGGACUACAUCUCUCUUCACAAGAAGGGAGGUGGGCAUUCUCUCUACAUUUUGCAACAAGAAGUGGAAGCAGUUGAACAAAUACAGAAGUUAUUUCCAAAUUUUACUUCCAUUCCCAUAUACAACGAUGAAGCAGAUCCAAUGGUUGGAUGGUCUACUCCACAACUGUGGCGAGCUGACGUGACAUAUGCAGCUAUGGUAGUAAAGGUAAUCAUCCAGCAUCAAAACUUACUAAUUUCCAAAGCCAACAACACCAUUAACUAUAAACUGUUGAGUAAUGACAAUGCCUUCAUGAGCUACUACCCACAUUACUUCACACAGCGGACUCUGACAGCACGUUUUCAGAUGAAUAAUACAAAGCCACCUCACGUCCAGAUGGUGCGGAAACCAGUGCUGACUGUCAUGGGCUUGCUGGCAUUGCUAGGAGAAAAGCAGAUUUUUGCGGAAGUAAACAGCAGUGAAGGUGAAAGCACUGAAAACAGCAUCUUUGGUGUCCUGGCAUCUGUGCACACUCCAAGUGAGCUUCAGCCCUCAGACAGUUGGCAAGCUACUCUGCUGAUAUAUUCAAGUGACGAUAACAGGACUUCAUCCAAUGUCAGCACCAUCACAGUGAACGCCACCCACUUCCCCAAACUUAGAGAGCCAAUGUAUGUGAUGUAUUACCUGGACAACAACAAAACCAAUCCCUAUCUGAAGUGGAAAAAACUAGGAAGCCCUGAUUUUCCUUCCCCAGAACAGUUCCAGCAAAUAAGGGAUGCUGAGGACCCACUGGUAACAGGUCCCCUACCUUUUUCUGAAAAUGGCACCUUGACACUGAAGCAAGACUUCCCUAUUCCAUCAGUCUUUUUGAUCCACAUCUGUUCAAGACCCAGUUCGGUUCCUGAUCAAGUGACUGGUGUUCGUUUCAUCCCUCUCACAAAGGGGCAGGUUGUUGUGCUGUGGGAUGAUGGCUGUGUAAAUUCAAAAUGUAUAAAGACAUUUGAAGUUGAGUUCUCACCAAAUGGAAAAGUCUACAAACGGAUUAAUGCCAAAGACACAAUAUUCACUCUGUAUGUCUACAGUCCAGGAAGCUCAGUCUCCGGCUUUUACAGGGUGCAUGCCAUUGACUAUUGGGGAAAGGCAGGCCCGUCCUCUGUUCCUGUGGAGUAUGUUGAAGCUCUCAAGUGACUCUGAAGAGUGGUGCCUGGUUUGUUGACUGAGUGAUGUAUUCUUUCUGCAGAUGACAACUCCCCAGAAAAGUAAACUCCUCCCACACUAAGGGGGGAGUAUGGAAAGGAGUUGAUGAAGUAAGUUAGGAACGCAAAUCAGAAGCAACUGCCCCUAUUAACUCUUCAGAGCUCAAAGACAGUGUUAUCAAACAACCACUGCUGACAACAAUUAUAGGACUGGCAUGCAGUUUGAUAACUAGAAAUUAUUGUUUGCUAUUUUACACCAGAACAGACAAAUAUUCAUGAAGGUCACAAACUGCAGCAGGAGCAAUGCCAUCACUUUACUGUAUGAGCGAGAAUGGCAGUAAAGGCACAAGGAGGACCUGUCUGAGAGUGAGCUGCCUGUUUCAGCUGCCUGACUAUCUUUACAUACAGAGUGAUAGAAGAGCAUACAGCAACCAGACUUUCACAUACAGAUCAUGAAGUGGAAGGUCCUGUCUUUCACUCCAGUUAAUCAUACAUGCUCCUGAGGAUUGUUUCAGAGUACUUCUACUCUCUUUAGAUGUAUGAGGUUCUUCUCCCUCUCACAAAGGGAGUUCCUGCCUGUAGACUACAUUGCGCCUGCUGCUCUCUGCCUUUGCCUAGUCACCUUCUUGCCUUUGUGGAGGUCUUUGUGUUUGUUCUAGAGCCAUCGGUUACUUCCUUUUUAGGGUGAAGACUUUAGCUCCAAAAGUUGCUCUUCCUCUGCAUUCCACUCUUACCUAAUCUCGCUUUAUACAGCCCUUCAGGUAACAUCUCUCCCCAGCAUGCUUCCCUUCUGGAGUUUCAUGCUUAGAUUGUAAAAGAGCUGAGGCUUGGCUUUGGAUUCCCAGGAAAGUUAAAAUGCUCCUUAAAGCCUUUUAUGUUAUAUCAUAAAACACAUCUACGUUUAACAGAGGGCUACAGCUGACAACCAGCUAGGAAACUAAUCAAGAACAGCUUGAGUUUCCAUAUUUCAUAAACCACAUGCGCAAGUAUGUUACUGCUCCGAUAAUGAGCUGCAGAACACCUCUGGCUGUCCUUGCAAAUGCCAAACACUUUAUGCAACAACAAAGUUCCUUGAGUGUUUUUUUUUACUCACCCCUCUUCACAGCCAGAACAGUUUGAGCAGUGCCUUUAAAAUGCUUGUAGAGGGAAAGAUAUUGCCAAUGAAAACAGUUGGAAUGUUUUCCACUAGAGGAGCAACUUUGUCACACAAACAUCUCCCCUGCUGCUCUCUUUGCUGACGUCAGACACCUCACCAGCCUCACAACAAAGCUUGCAUUUUUGAUGAAACAUGGACAAAAAAAAAAGUUUGCGCAGUAGGAGAUAGCUGAACUAUCUAAAAUAGCUGCAUAUUUACAACAUGGAAAAGAAACAUAUACAAAAUGUCGGUAUGUAUUAAAUGACACUUUCUAGUUAGUUGUUCACGUGCUUAUACUAAAAGGCAGCCUUAAAAGAUCCAUUUGAUCUCAGAAUUCAGGUGAAAUAUUUCUUACCUCACUGAAGUUUGACUGAGGAGUGAUUGUUACAUCCAAAUCUGCCAAUUCCUUACUUGUAAAGACUUGUACACAACAGGGAAGAAAACAUUAGAGCCUUCUUAGUUGAUAACUCUACCAGUUUCAGAAAAGCAUCAGUGAGAAGUUCUACCAGAAUGGAGAUAGUAAAAAUACAUUUUAACAUUGUUACAACUACAUCCAAGUGAAGAAUCUGAAAAUGAAGAUAAGUAGAUCCACUAGUUAAGAUACAGAGUUUGCCAGUAUGAAGUGGAACCACUGAGAAAACAGCUUUUAGAAAGAUUUACGUAUGAAUAGUGCAUCUGAAAUGGGGAAAAUAUAAAACGAGAGGACAGUUAGGAUGUCAUAUUUAUGUAGUCUUACUCUCUAUAAUUUUCCUGCAUGGGCAGUUACUGCAUAUAGCAGUAGUUUUCAAUUCAAGGACUAUACAGUAGUUAUAAAAAUAAUAUUUGCAAGAGCAAACCUAAGAAUAUUGUAGAUGCAGGUAGAAUCUGUUCUUUCAGGACCAACUUCAGCCACUUUGAAGAUCUGUCACUAGCAACCUCUUUUAGGUCUCCUACCUUAAGCAUCAUCCAAAGCGUGGAUGGUGCUUUUUCAAGUAUUUCACUGGCACUGGAAACCGGGCAUGGAAAAGAGCUGACCAAAAAUGGUGCUCUAACUGUUCAGAAACAAAUUUUACAUAUUUAGAAAGAUUUAUUUAUUUUUCUACUUCUUCUUUGUUGCUUUAGUAUAAACUUACUCUUUUAAACAAUGAGCAAGUCUAAAAAUCUGUAAUAGAGGAGAGAAAGUUUCUAGGCUAGAAUUUGUUUCCAACAAUGUAUAACUUGCUGCUCUGGUCUUUUCUGUAUUUCAGUGACUACAAAAUCUGCUAUUUAACACUUGAAACUUGAGUUUUCUAUGACUGUUUGCCAUUGUCUGUCUCAUAGGGCUUCCAACAUUGCUUAAUCGUUCAUUUCUACCAUCUCCUCCUUUACUGAGACAGCAGUCAGCUCUUCCCAAUGCUUUAAACUUUCGUAAGUACUGGAUGUGCAUAAGUAGUAAGUGGGGAGUAGCAGGUGCGCGGUGGUUUUUGUAGCUUCUGAGCCAAAGCAGCACUGCAGAGUUCUGAGAUAAGUCUUCUGCUGGCUGAGCAAUAGAAAUAAGAAAAUCUAACUGCAACCUCAUGAUGAGAUGGUGUGCUUUUCAACAAGCAAAAGCUUCUGAGAUUGUUUUGCAAUUGUUUGUUAAAAUGAAUACAAAGGAAAAAGCUUUCAAGGGGGUAUUUUAUAUUGUUUAAUUGUGUAUAUACUGGAUUUGUUACCAUCUUUUGUGCUACACAAUAAAAUAUCUCUGGUAUGAAUCUUGUUAAAACAAGAUGCAAUCACUUUGCAAUAGAAGCUGCUCAGUACUCUCAUGUCAGCAGUUAAUUGUGAAGCAUUGCCACUGUUCUCAAGGUAUAGGAGCCUGACUGAUGUGAGUUCCUACCUUAUAUAGAACUGAAGCGUAAAGGAAGUGUGACCAAAAAAAAAAUAUGUCAAGGCUGAAGUAGGGCUUUAGACCAUAGGUUUCUCAGCUACAGGUUAGGACACUUCUUUAUGUCCAGAGGAAAACUGGUUUAACAUGUUACAAUAUUCUACCAUUGGAUCUCAGGACUUGCAAUGUCCUUGGUGUGAGGAGGAGCACUGGCGUAUGAAGGACAAGAUCCUUGCAGUGUUCCUCCUGCUGUUGCACAAUCUCAGCCCUUCUGCCAGCACCAAAAGUCCUUCUGAGGACAAAACAACAGUCCUUUUCAUUUGUAAACAGCUUUUUCUUUGCUCUUGUUAGUGGAAAGUUUGUGCAGAACAGGAGUUGGGACCUGUAGGCACACUUAGAACAAGCAAUAAUAGACUGGUUUCCAUUAGCCCGCUGAAACAGCAGGCAGAAGUAUGUCUGCCCUAGACAUACACUGAACAUCAGAUGCUGAACCCAGUAGAGUGAGAGAACUUUGGCUCAGAGCAGAAUACACUUGUUACUGCCUAACUGACUUUACUUAGCCUGUCACAGUCUCAGAAGUCAGUGGAGAGAAAUGGACAUGAGCUAAUUAGAUCACUUCCAUCUGUUUAUUAACUCAUCAGAUCAUGCAGUAAGGUCCUGCAUGUGAUCUUGAUGGGAAUGUGUUCUCUCAGGACAAGGCAGGCUCCUGGGACACGUGUAACUCUGUGGUGUAAUCUCCCUGAGUCACCACUGUCCUGCCUUCCUGGAGGCACAAUCUUUUGUGACUGAGAAGGGAUUUUACUGCCUAAGUCUUACAGACAGACUAUGCCUGGUGCGGUAAGGACGUGCUUGGCCCUGCAUCUGGAUUGUGCUUGCUAGAAUGCCCACCCACCUUGGUAUGGUACAGCUGCAGACAAUUUAAAAUCCCACCUCUGUGACUGGUAGUCUGGUCUGAAUGUCUUGGCCAAAGGUCAGGCUCCUUCAUCUAGGGGCUUGUGUUGUCUAAUCAGCUGUGAUACCAGUCCAAGGUUCACAGAACUCCACCCCAAUACUUCCUCAUGGAACUGGUGGACAAGUGGUGAACAUUAUAUCAAUUCACUAACCUUGCACUUAGUCCAGCUCAAAAGACUGGAGUCUUUUAACACUCAAUAGUCUCUUAUCUGUGUGGCUUUCCUUUUGCAUUGCAUGCUGCUCUUCUGCUUCUGACCUUAACUUCAGAUGGUUCACCAUCUUGCUCCCCUUGGAGGUAGCUAACCUAGGCCAGAAAAGCAAGAACACCUUAAUACCAUAGUUUCUCUGCUGAGAGGCUUUAGAGUGCUUCCUGGGAAAAGAAAGCCUAAGAGACAUCCCUGCAUCCUGAGGAUCGUGUGUAUGGCCCUGGGGAAAUGUAUUUAGUCAGUGUUUUACAUGCUUCUUCUGCAGAUAUAGUGGAUAGUCUUUAUGGAUACUGUAAGUAAGAUACUGCAUGUUGCAGAAGCUGUUUUGUGAUGUGGCAUUCUCAGGCAUUUCUCUAUUUUAUCCUGGUACCACAGACCUAAUGCAGGGCUCAGGAGUGGAAACUGCCCAGCUUGGUCUUAUGUGUUUCCUUGCCUUGCUGGCAAACUGUGGGGUUCAGCAUGGUGUGGGUGUGUUCUGUUGUGAUAGUUUUAUUCAUCAGAACAUUCUAAGUGAAUUUGAUUGCACUAAGGAAUGUGGAAAUUGUCAAAAAUACUAGCUCGUUUACCCUUUUUCUACAAGGAGUUGUCUAGAUAUUAUUAUUUUUGUUCUUUUAUCAACGGAAAUCUUGCCCACAAAACAUGUCAGUUGUGUACCUUUGAGUUCUAUAGCUCUCAGGUACCAAAGCGUGGAUAAGAAGGCAGUGAAGAGUAAAUUAUUACCUGUGUCAUUAGAAACAGAAAUACCUGCUCCCUUAAAGAAAUGGUCCAGUGCUACUGAAAGGAACAUUUGCUUUACUGCACUCAAGAGUUGUGGUCAACUCAGAAAUAAUAUUUUUCUAUUCAGUUGUUCCAGCAAUAAUUUUAAGACAUUACCAGGCAGCAAGGAUCAAGCCCUGCUGGCCCCAUGAGGGGCUGUGGCAGGCCACCCUGGUCUCCUCCCUUCCCCGGGAGCUGCCCCGCUUCUGCUCCCCAGUGGUGUGCAACAGAAAGCAGUUACAGAUGGGUUUUUUAAAAACUUUUAUUGACAAAUGCCACAUUAGGUAUUACCUUGAAAAUUCAGUACCACUACUGUACUGAACACAGUUUACAAAAUCCCCAACAUUUUCAUGUGUUUUUCAGAGAAAACACACUACUAUGAUUUAUUAGCUGAGUGGCAGCUUCAGUACCAAGAGGUCUGGCUUCUGUGCUUAGGGAUAGAAUCAGAAAUGUACUCUUAGCAGGCUCCUGCAAAGAAAGAAAAGAAACCUCAGCCCAGGUAAGUAAAUCUGCAAAGUGCUCUACCAGCCUUUUAGCCUUUAGUGAAACUGGAGUUAACAUCUUCUUAGACUACUACUGAUUCACAGAACAAGACAGGCUGUGUCAUUCUGUAUCUGUUCUCCCAAACUCUGCUAGACCCAGACAACUGAGUUUUUAGCCCUCUGAACACCUCAGCACGAUCCCGUGAAUAUGAAGGGGCAAGGGGCAGAGAUGCCCCACCAUCCCCAUAACCAGGUGUGAUGCCAGUGCUUGCUCUGCCUUUUCCUGUCUGGCAGUGCAGAGCACUUGAAUCAGGUUGGCAGCCUCCAGCCCAGGUCCUCCGGUCUAGUUUAGUACAGGGCCUAUUUCCAGGCAACGUGCUAUGUGUAAAGGGUGGCCACCAAGAAGAGACAUUUUUGCGGCCAGCAUAGCUGUAGAAAUUAAUCUGCCCACCACAGAGACAGCUGGAAGAUCAGCUUUCAUGGCCCCAGGAAAAACAUGUCCUCAAAACGGGCCCUAGAUAUGCUCCAUUAGCGUGAAUGUGAAGUAGCUGCUAACUCACUGCCAGCAGACACAGCCAGCACUGCUGCUCAAACGCCCCUCAUCACUGCUGUUCAGACAGCCUAGGACACAAAAUGAGCUAAGGAGAGAGGCACAUUUCUCUCUGGAGGCAGUUUUCCCUCCUUUUCCUCAUGGACGAUGCACAGACAUGAAGUAAGAUGCUGUUACUCAAGUGGCCAAGCCAACCAUUUCCAACCAUCAGGUUGUUGUACUACAACCUCUCUGAUAUGGAGGAGAUGAUUCCCCUUUGUAGUGUGUCAGCGUCAGCACACAAGGGGAAACUUAAGGCCAUGGAACAGGGUCUCUACCUGCUGUGGACUUGCCUUUUGCAGCUUUUUUCUUAUGAAGUUAAAAACAUCAUAAACGAUACAGCUUGGCUUGCUGUGGCUCUGCCACACUGAU